UGGAAUCUAGAGCCUCUCUUCGCUUGCUCUCUCUCUUCAUUGAUAUAGCCUUCCUAUUUCUUUUCACAUGGACGCAUCUUCCCUUCGCUUCCCCACCCGACGUCACUGCCCUCAUAGACUGCGCCACCAACUCCCCAUCCCCCUUGUGUAUCCGUCUUCAAUCCAAUAAACCACCACUUGUGUCCGACACCCCCAAUCACCCUCUCGACCCUCUCACCAUCAAAGAAAUCAACACACGGUCCGCUCCAUCCUCUCCUCCCAUGCCCUCUUCAACUCCUCCAGCUCUUACGCCUUCCACUCGGUCGAUCUAGAAGAGCCCCACAAAGACAAAGAGAAAGUCAUCCGGUGGACAAAGGGAGACACUCUUCCAUCCAGACUCGCCUCUGUUGUCGCGCGUGUUAACGGACACUCACAUCUCCUCACUGUCAACUUGGAAACCACUCGAGUCAAGGUUCACAACACCGUCCCUCUCUCCGGUCAUCCUACCUUAACGUUUGAGGACUUGACUUCCACCAUUUGGGCUCCCCUGUCCAACGCCGAGUUCAACCAUACCGUCAACGACCGUAGUGUUGAUUUGGCUGACCUGGCUUGCUUGCCGAUGUCGUUAGGAUGGUAUGGGAAGAAAGAGGAGGGUAGGAGGUUAAUUAAGAUAGGAUGCUACACCAAGAAAGACACUGCAAACUUCUACAUGAGGCCUAUCGAAGGCCUGAUCGUCCUCCUCGACAUGGACACCAAAGAGGUGUUGGAAAUUUUGGACCAGGGUCGGAAUAUCCCCAUCCCCAAGGCCACCAACACUGACUAUCGGUACUCGGCGCGGCAGCAGAAACUGAACCUGGUAAACCCGAUAUCCAUCGAGCAGCCAAAAGGUCCGAGCUUUGUGGUUGAAGAUGAGCACAUGGUGAAAUAGGCGAACUGGGAAUUCCACCUGAAAGCAGACCCGAAACAGGGGUGAUCAUUUCUCGGGCAAAAGUCAGGGAUCCAGGGAUCCAGAUACAGGGGAGAUGAGGAACGACAUGUACAAAGGGUUCACGUCAGAGCUGUUUGUGCCCUACAUGGACCCUACGGCCUGGUAUUUCAAGACCUAUUUGGAUGCGGUUGAGAACGGGUUCGGAUUGCAGGCUGGCAGCAGAUGGCA